CUCGCAGGGGCGCAGCCAGGCGUGCUGUCACAAGCUCCCGGGCCGUUUACAUCACUUCCUAAAUUCAUCUCAUAGAUUGCUCUUAAAAUUAGGUAAGAAAAACAGAGUCAGGAAACAGGAAAUGUUGACUCUGAUGUCGGUGAGUAACUGAGUGAGGAAACCAGAGCACAAUGGUAUUAUGCCCGCACUUGACCGGAGUACAGGGAGACGCCACGAGAGGGAAAUGGUCCUGCUGGCAGCGUUGCUCGUGAGCAUCAUUGUUGGAACGGUGCAUUCUGACUACACUGAGCUCAAUCCCAAUGCUACUACUACUACUGCUACUAAGCACAGGUUGGUUUCCAUCACCACCACAGGGAUAUCCACCACCACGGGACGUUUGUUAACUUCAAGAAGGCCUCUGAUUCAUUCAAGCGACAUAUCACGAAAUCUUUCAGAGAACGUCCAGUCAUUUCACGGCACCUUUCGCCGGGUAAUCGGAAACAUUACAGAAAAUUCCAAUGCCGCGAAUGAAAGCAGGACCAAUGACACUCAAUCUUUGAAUACUCAGCACCCCUGGUCAAACAUUCUGCUGUACGCCCUUCCUGGCGUCAUCCUCAUUCUGUUGGGACUUGCGCUGGGAUUGCUCGUUUCAUGUUGUAAAGGCAGAGCGAAGACUAAAGAGUAUGAGAAAGAAUUGGAGCCUCUGCGAGGUGAUGACAUGGACGCCGAUAAGCCAGACAGCCCUAAGUUUGAAGAUGACAUCCCUUCUGUUCUGGAGUUAGAGAUGGAGGAUCUUGAAAAAUGGAUGAAUACUCCCCAAAAAGAAUCUCAGCCAGGUGUGUUACUUGCAGAUAAAGAAGAACAAUCAAAAGCGGCGGAAUCCUGAAGUGCCAGAGCGCAUUAGCUUUUUCUUCUGGAGAGCUGGCAGUGGUCCCCUUGCAGGACAUAUGGCUGCCUUUUCUUCCAGCUGCUGCCAUUGCAAGCCAUCUGAGUAACACGCAGGGCAUGAGGAGGUCACCGUGUCUUCAGUACGCCGACCAGCGAGAGCACAAGCCGCCUUUACUGUCUGCCAGUGACUCUUACAGCAUUUUCAGAAUGAAACGUUUGUGUUGCUUUUCCUUAUGUGCCAAAAAGCAUGGUGGUCCGGCCAGUCGAUGUUCAUUUUAUAUAGUGCCUUUGCCAGUAUGGGCCAUCAUAAUUUACAUUACAAAGCAAACUGUAAUGCAAUAUAAAGCCUUCCUGCAGUAUCAUUUUAAA